AUGAUACAACGUACUACCUCUACCCCAACCGCUCGUCCUCAGCCCUCUCAGCUCGUAGUUACAUGCCAGCAAUGCCAGAAGCGAUAUGCAAACCGUCCGAUGGAUCAUUUUCCCUGGAAGGAUUUCCAUUUGAGAAUGUCAGGACAUGGAUAUGUUGUAGGUACUGAUUGGGCAAUGACGACGUUCGAUACACGUACGGAAGACCAAUUCUUCGACCGUAAACGCUUACAAACGAUCGAUGAAAACACCGAAGUCCUAUUCUUUCACCCCUUCGACCCGCUUAAUUACUCAGUCGAAUCUCUGGAUUUCAAUGUCGUAGAGGAGGACAGGGAUAGGUCGGAGAAGCCCGCGCAGGAGGGUGUCUUAAGGAGAGUGUACUCCGUGACGAAGUCCGCCCUCUCGCAGGUGGAGCUCAAAGCUCGGAGUCUUUACCAUCAUCUUUUCGGGUGCUCGUAA